AUGGCAUUUGAGGUGUCGUAUGAUCUCGAGAAUGAGCAACAGUUCUGGGACGAACUCGACGAUAUCGUCUCGACGCGCUGUCACCAGCACGAGAUAAUCGACAACUCGCUGCGAUCCUUCCUUAAUGUCACUACGAAUUAUAGAUCCGAAUACCUCCAAACCGACUUCAGCGUCGCAAAAUGCAUCUUUCGCAUGCUCGAGGGCGACCUCUUUGCCUCGAACAAGGCAUAUGUACGGCGGCAGAUAAUAUACUGCCUUUUGCAGGAAGAUGAUAACCCUACUCUUCACAUAGUGGCUGCCUUCCUCCUCUACGAUGGUCGCAAUAGCAAAGACGAUGAUAUCUUUGAGAUGAUGCACUCGGAGGGCACAUUUGCUAGACUUGUUGAGUUGGUGCAAACGCCGAGCGUGCAAGAGGAGACCACUCUGCAUCAGCUACUUCUACAACUGCUCUACGAAUCUUCACGCGUCCAGCGAUUGACGUGGGACGACUUUUCUGCGGUGAAUGACGCCUUUAUUAUCUACCUGCUGGAGAUCAUAGAAGGUGCUUCCGACGAUGCUGACGAUCCAUACCACUAUCCUGUGAUACGCGUUCUGUUGGUUUUGAACGAACAGUACCUUGUAGCGUCGACUAGCCGUCAUGGCGAUGGACGACCCGGAAUAACGAAUCGGGUCAUCAAAGCUAUCUCGACCCACGGAAUGACCUACAAAACUUUCGGAUGCAACUUGAUUCUUCUUCUGAACCGCGAGUCGGAGACCUCCCUUCAGCUUCUGAUCCUCAAAGUGCUUUACCUUCUCUUCGGUAAUCCUUCCACGGCCGAAUACUUUUAUACCAACGAUCUUCAUGUCCUGGUCGACGUCAUCCUUCGAAACCUUAUAGAUCUACCACAUGAUUCGGCUGCUGCAAACGCAUUACGACAUACCUACCUCCGCGUUCUAUACCCGAUACUCAUGCACAGCCAAAUCAGCAAGCCACCGCAUUACAAGCGUGAAGAACUAUUGCGGCUUCUUCACCUCCUCGUCUCAAGCGGUAACCAUUUUGCUCCCGUUGACGAGACCACCGUACGACUUGUGAACCGAUGUACUAGUGUGCAAUGGUUACAGCCUCCCGCUGCCACCGCGGAACACGGCUCGACCAAUGGCAAUGGUACCACAAACUCACCGGUAGACCAUGUGGCGAACGGUCAGAAAGAGUACGCACGACGAGCGCUGGGCAUGACUGUGCAAGGUAGUAGCGAGAGCUCGACGAGCGUCUUGGAGAUCGCAGGUCACACUGCACAACCUGGCGUGCAAACGCCAAGUAUGUCAAAGGUGGCGCAAUAA